AAUCAACUCAAAUAGUUGAUCGGUGCUGCUAUCUAUCCUGAUUAUUGCGAAAACGAGUGAGGCGUCGAAUUGCCUGGUUUUCCGGUGAUUAGGUUAUUGUGUUGUUUGAUUAGUUUUAAUAAGUUUUGUGCGUCGGUGUACUUCUAUCGAUGUAGUAAAAAAUCUGUCCUUUACGUUUACAGUCAGGUGCAACGACAGUUAUUGUCAGUGCCGAUAAAAUGCCAAAGCCACAGCUAUAUAAACGUUCUGUCCUAAAAUCUCGUCCACUCAACAUGACGUUGAACUUGGAAUGUUCAGAGGAACCUCUUAGCGCAGCACAAUUGAGAUCAAGUAUAAAACUUAAAGAGAAUUGUGAUAAAGUUUCAACUAUCUUAAAAGAAAUAAUUAAUGAUUAUGGAGGUAAAUUGGUAGCUCAAGCAGGAGCUGUAAGUAGUUAUCAGUACACAUUACCUUCAGGUCCAACAGCAACCCCAACAGUAGUUCAGAACAAUUCUCAAAUUUUAAAUGUUGCUCAACAAAAUAAGAAUUCGGCACCAAUCAAACUAAAUAUUGGUAAUACAAGUGAAUGUCCACUUGUAUUACCAAGGAAUUCCAAGGAAUAUUCCCAGGGAAAUAUUCAGCUAGUAGUUGAUCCACGUAUGGGAGUCAUUUUAGGACCUGUUACACAAACGCAAGGUACAACUACUACGACUACAUCUGUAGUUUCAACUGCAGCACAAACUCAACAAGAAAAUUACAAGUAUACCAGGUCUGGACGUAGGACAAAAGUUCUUCAAGUACAACAGCCUGACAUUAUAGAAGAGUCUACACCUGUGGUUACUCAUGUAAGAUCAAAGUCUGGACCAGCAACACAUGUUGUUACACCAAGUAAGGAAAUUAAUAUUGAUGUCUCAGCUAGUACAACCACUCAAGGUGUUACAAAUCUGAGGAUAAAAACUGUCAAUAAACAGACAGCGAAUCAAUCAACUGUCAGACCUACAGAACACACUAGUAUAGGAGGAAUAUCUGUUGGCAGCAAUAAUGCAGUCGGCGAACAGAUUGACGAAGUCAAGAAGAACCAACCUGAUGGCAGAGAAUUUACAUUUAACAAAACAACUGGUGGCCGAACUUUUCCAUCCUUAGUAGUGGUUGCGAGACCAAAUUUACGUAACAAAGAUGUCGUACUCCAAAUUGCACAAAAAGAAAGACAAGCAUUAGAUUCUAAAGUUAAGAAUGUGCUUAUGUUUUCCGCCACAAAAUUCGCUGAAUGGUUAAUCCAACAUGGCUUAGUAAAAUCAGAACAAUACUGUUCGUAUUGUAUACAACACAAUUCAAAUUAUCAGAAAAUUAAACUCAAAUUAGGAAUGUACAGCGAUCAAGGAACAUUUCCUUAUUCUGGUGGCUAUGUCUGGAUAUCCAAUUGUUGUCCCGACAGAUUUGUAUCCGUUUUUUCCGGUUCUAUCUUCCAAGGAGCUCCUUACACACCUACAGUGUUAUUAAAAUUAAUCUAUCAUUGGGCUUGUCAAACCAAUGUGCAAAAUGUAGUUUCCUGGGUAAAAGUAUCAAAUAUAUAUCUGAAAAAUUUUUAUACAAAUCUACGUAGUAUUUGUACAGCAGCGAUAUGGGACAAAACCCGUAAGAUGGGUGGCAAGAAUUCAGUGAUACAAGUUGGUGUGAUUAGCUUAGGCACCACUUCACAAGAUGGACAUUUGCGACAAGUGAAAGUCGAGGUCCUUGGUGUUUUAGAUCCGACUACUUUGGACAUACGAUUACGCGCUUGUGACCCGAUGCAAGACGGGAACAGGUCGUACAAAAGACGAUUUAAUAAUAUCCUACAUCCAUUAAAAGAAUGGGUCCAUACAGACUCCAAAAUAAUGACCGAUUUCACUGUUGAUAAAAGUACUUUACAUGAUAUGGGCUACAAUCACGUCGUGCAGUCUGCAUUUGCAGAUCAGAAUAUUAGAAAUAUCUUGAGUAAUUUUCACAUUAUGGAAUAUCUUAGAAAAAUUGUGCCAAGAAUGUUUCAGAACACAUUAAGUUUGCUUAGUAGGCAAAUGAUACAACAGUUCUUAGACGAAUUAAUAUGGAGGGAGACAUAUGGUGCUUCGUCGGAACGUGCGUUUGACAAUAUAAUCAAGCAUAUCGCAGAGCAAACUAGAAUCGACCUCAAUGAAAGUCUGCUAGAUCGCCUGGCAAAGAUAGCUUCUAAUCCAUUUCAAGAUUGGUCUUACUCAAGCAUACCUUUAUCAACUGAAAUGUCAUCAAUGAUAUCACCGAAAGAUGCAACUUCAAUAAAUGAUGCAGCAUCAUCUCAAAAUACAAAAACUGCCGAAACUGUUCCAACCAAAUCUGGCAUAAAACGAGGAAGAAAGCGAAUGCAUACUGUAACAACUCCGGAACAAGAACCAAAAAGGAUUGCAAUUGAUCCUAAGAGUAGUAAAGAAAAAGAAAGUAAAAACGACAAAGAGCAAAUUCAACUACAAGAAUUAUAUUAUGCUACCAUGGAAGGUGAAAAGAAUCUGAUGUUAAAAGAACACAAGUCUUCGUUAUAUUUCAAGUGUUUCCUCUGUACGACGAUAAUGAAGUCUAAUGUCGAGGUGAUGGAACAUAUGGUCAGUCACGUACCUCCGCAAGUACCCGGUCAAUCAGAAUUGUCUGUAUGCCGAUACUGUUGCACCGCACUUUCAUCACAACACCAGAUGCUUACUCAUGUGGCGGAAACACAUAGCAAUUUCGGUUUUUCCGACGGUCUCAUGCUAGUUUGCGCUAUUUGUGAAGAGAAAUUCGGAAAGAGCAAAUCAUUAAUUGACCACUUGUUAAUGAUGCAUUAUCCUUCCGAAAUGCCAUAUCGAUGUGAAAAUUGCAGUUAUCGCACGUCUAGUCAUAAGGACGUCAUAGAUCAUUAUUAUAAAAUUCAUGAGAAGGGUGAAGGACUGCAAUGUCCUUAUUGCCUCAAGGUAAUACAAUUUGUAAAUGAGGGCAACCCGAGCACGUCUAGCGUUUACGCUUAUUUGUCGCAUAUGCAAAGACAUGUUGUAAGAAGAGAUCAAGGAAAAGGCAAUAAGUGUUCUAGAUGUUGUCUUUGGUUCAACCAAAAGAGUUUGUUAACGAUGCACCAACGAGAAUUACAUGACUGUGUUUCUAAUUCAAAGGCAAUACCAUACUCUGCUAGCAACAGCGGGAUAAUGAUUUCAAAAGAGCGACCAGAAAUAAUACGAUUUACUAUAGACAGUCCACUCCCCGAAUUACCACCAGAUGAAAAUAUACAGAAAUGGAGUACCGGGCCGAUCACAGUGAAUACUUGCACCAGAUAUUUGCCAUGCCAGGAAUGCGAAGAAGACAUCGACGAAGAAGAACAUUAUCCAGGCGAACAGCGAUGUCAACAGUGCCGUUACAUCACAUGUUGUUGGCGUGCGUUUCAAGAGCAUCAACAACAAAUCCACAAUGAAAGGCCGAAGACCAGUCUGAUCGUGCCGUCUCCUUUAAUUAACAUCCCGCUAGAAAAAAAACUGCAAUGUCUGUGCGGUUACACGUCGAAUAAUGGCAAUCGAUUAGCAAGACAUUUGAUAAAAUGUAAAAGAACAUCGGCACAUCCUGUUGACGAAUCAACACAGUCUGGUAUGCUUGAUAGUUUAGGAUUAGUGCCGAAGUCUGAGGAAUGUGAUGCAUACGAGAAAUCCCACUCACGCAAUUAAAGUGACAUGGAAAUGAAAAAUGUAAUCGCUAUUAAGAUGAAUAAGGCAACAGAUAUAAAAUUACGUAAAAUAAAAAUGUACAAGUAAAAAAGUGUUUGCACACACUACUCUCCGGAAAUAAUUUUGCGUGGAACAAGGUUCUUAUAAAAUGCCUCAUUAUCAUAGUUUCAAUCAUUGUUUCAAGUAUGCAAUGCACGGAGUAUGCAAAUACUUUUUUACCUACUGUAUAAUACUUCAACUACAUUAUGAAUAGAACUGUAUGUUUGAGUGGAACAAAACUUUUAAGAUGCUACAAAUAGUUCUAGAAUCUAAAAAAAUUUUAAUUCAAUCAAUUGUAUUCAAUUAAUUAUUUCACACACACGUAUUUUAUCGUAUUAUUAUAAAACAUUACAUAUUACAAGUUUACAUAUUUCCCUUUAAUUAGUGAAUAGUAUAAAUGAUAGCAUAAUAAUAAAUACAGCUUGAUUUCCAAUUUAUGCAAUUUGUUUCUGAUAUAUAGUGUAAUAUCUUGUCUGCUUAAAUUGAGAUAACGUAAUUUCAUAUAUAAUUUCAUAUACAAUAAUAAAAAUAUUGAAAAACUAUUAUACCAAUUUCAAAGCUUAUAGUGAUACGUUGCAAAAAAUAUAUAAAGACAAUUCUAUAAAGUAUUUAUGAGUUCUUUUACAUUGAAAAUCAUCAAUUAUAAUGUAAGGCUUACGACAUAUUGAUUUUGUCCACAAGAAUUAUUAUAUUAAACAAAAUUAUUUGCAUAUUCUAUGUUUUAUUUUUAACCAUCACCUAAAAUCCAGUAAUUUAAUUAAAUAAAUGUUUAAAAUAAACAUUUCUGGUGAACAAGAAGUAACAAUAUAGAGGGUUUUAUUAAAUGUUUAUUUAUAGCAAUUAUGUUUUCAUGUAUGAAUAAGAAACUUAGCAUACAUAUUCACUUUUUUCAUGUGUGUGUAUGUGUGUGGUCAGGGUACGAAUAUAUAAUACUAACUGACGGGGUAAAACGCACGGAAUUGUUUAUCAGUUUAAAAACUUGAGGCAAGUCGAUAAUUAUUUGCGUGAAGUUAACAUACAAUAAUCCGUCAUUCUGUACUUAUCUCUACGUAUGUUUCUAAUAAGCUAAUAACAUUUUUUUAUUCUUUUUUAGAUAUUUUUCACUUUUUUUGUAUUUUUAUAUUUUUCAUGUCUGUUAUCAAGUCAACACUAAAGAAUGCAUUUAUUAGCAAGAUUUCUCUAAUGUUAACUGAUUGGGAAUUACCAGAUGUACUAUCACUAAUACCUAAAAACCUACAAAAAUAUUUAAUAA